AUUUUCAGCAUGACGUAGCAACACAUUGACCUUUUUCAACUUCCGGUGAACUUCAAUGUGAUAGAAGUUUCUGGGAGAGCACGAUUAUGGAAGAAUAUGUUCGAGAUCCAUGUCCCUACAGAAUAGUGGAUGACUGUGGAGGAGCUUUUGCCCUGGGGGCUGUGGGAGGAAGUGUGUUUCAUACUAUCCAGGGAUUCAGAAAUGCAGCUAAAGGAACCAAAUUAAGAGGUGCACUUACCAAGGUUGUAACAAGCAGUCCAAGGACAGCAGGUAGUUUUUCUAUGUGGGGUUUACUGUUCACAACCUCAGACUGUUCAUUGGCACAUAUCAGAGGAAAAGAAGACCCAUGGAAUUCCAUUAUGAGUGGAUUUGCCACAGGUUUUAUCCUAGCCCUACCAAAUGGUUAUUGGGCUGCAACAGGAUCUGGAAUGAUUGGAGGAAUGCUGCUAGGAAUGAUUGAGGGAAUCAGCAUAAUGAUGAACCGCUGGGCAGGAGAAGAAGCUUACAGAGAAAAUGAUACGAAUCGGAAACUAUUUGAAGAUCCUCAUGCAGAGAUUCCACAGCCACAAACUCCAGCGAUAGGCUCUAUAUUUGGAAUGUUUGGUCCACAGGCACAAACAAGUCAAUGAUCCAGUUCAUCUAGAAUUUUAAUAGAAAUUUUUUUGUGACUGCAACAUAUUUUCAUUCAUAUUCAUCAAGCUGUGAAAAGCAAAGCAUUUUCUGUGGACAGUUGAAAACUUCUGAUCUUUUAGAAGAUGCGAAUGUUUCACGUGGACUAAGGAUGAACAGUGUGUAGGACAGCAGGGCCUUACGUGUAGUUGGGGUCACUGAUGUGAAUGUCCUCAUUUUUGAACAAUUUCAAACAUUUGUAGGGAUAUGAAUCGUGCAAAAACUACCCAAGACCACACAUACAGGCGUAGGCUAGAGAACUUUUGUAUGAUGAAACAUAUUUUCAAACUGAACCAUGUUUAGGAAUUAUGCAUGUUUACAUCUCUGUUUAAAUAUGUAAGGGUAUGGAGGGUUCUUGAUACAGUUGAAAUUUUCACCAAAUCAUAGUAUUUGAUUUCACAUUAAAAAGAUCUGAGUUUUAAGUGGACAGAAACAAAAUACAGAUGUUACAGUUCAGUAAGUUAAUGUAAGCAUAUAGUGUCUUCAUUAUUAACAGCAAAUCUGAUUUGUUUGUUCUGUCAGGAGAGUUAUCUCCCGUAGAACAGAAGUUUGCUGUUUUAUCGUCGUUGUUUUGUUUUCAAACCAUAUAAAAUGCAAAAAUCAAUAAAAAUAAAAAAAGAUUUUCAAAAAAGUGAAAA